AUGCAGUUCAUCACCGUCAUCAUUGCUACUCUGGCCGCUGUCGCCGCUGCCUCUCCUUACCCCGAUGCUCUCGAGAAGCGCACCUGUGUCGGCAACUACAAGGUCGCCUGUGAGAACGGUGGUGUCCCAUGCUGCGAUGGCUGGCAGUGUGUUGGUUCCACUGAGUGGAACGCCGGUGUCUGUAUCCCGAACUACUAG